UCAUUAGGUAGCAAUAUAAGGCAAAUAUAAACUAUUAAAGGCAAAUGGAUACAUGUGCAAAUGUACGGUGCACAAAUUGAAAACUUAUAUGACUGUAUAUCAACAAAAAGAACAUAAAUAUCUCUUGACUGAGUGCUGUUCACAGACUCACAGACACCCUUCCGGAUGUUAUUAGGUAAGUGAGACAAAAAUAGUUUUGACAUGUCCUUUGCAGUGACCAAGCCCCUCUCCACUUGGUUCUGUCAAUCAAAACCCAAAACAAGAUGGCAGGCUGUGGGAGCUGGGUCUUCUUUUUAACAGUGUGUUCUGCCAGUUUGUUUGGGGCCAGUGCUGACAUCAAAGUUACCAUUCCUGUGGGGAGGUUUUUUACACAUGAACUGUUGAGAGAGACUUUCCAGAACGACUUUGAACCUUUGGGCAAAGUCUACGGCAUAUUGUACAACGACCCCAUAAUUUUUAAGUGCAACAAACAGAAUUUCCCAGACCUCCCAGAGUGGUUGCGCUUCACCCAAAGGAACCCCUUUGACAAUGGCUUCUUGUAUGGCACACCAAUGUCUCCAGGAAAAAGUAUAAUUGAGAUUUAUGCCACCAACCAGCGGAGCUACGACACAGUCAGACACCUUCUCAUAAUCAAAGUCGUUCCAGAGAAGAUUCUGCCCUAUCAAGUCGAAGUCUUCAUCAAACUGAGAGAGAUUGAAAAAGUGCUGCCCUCUACUGUUCAGGAUGAGAUAAAGCAGGAUUUGCAGAAGCUGUGGGACAGAAACCCCUUGGAAAUGAUCAACAUCACCAACGCCCUCGACCGUGGUGGCAGAGUUCCACUCCCUCUUGCAGGGCACUUUGAAGGUGUGUAUGUGAAGGUAGGGUCAAAGGAGUAUUUCUCCGAAUGUCUCCUGAGGGUGUUGACACUGGAGAACAAAAACCAGUGCAAGGAAGAGGCCAAAAUCAAAGUCCCUGGAGAAUGCCACUUCUGCAUAAAUCCCAGCAACUGUAUCACCUGGUGCAAGACGGAGCUGUUUGAUCUGACAAAGAUGAAGCCGAAGCCACCUGCUCCCACGAUGGGUUCAGGGAUUUUGGAGGCUGGAGAGGACUUCAGACCUCUGGAGUCUCCCCCAAGCAGAGACUAUUUCCCAGACUACAUUGUGACAGUGAUUGUGCCCCUGAUCCUCGCCAUCAUCCUGUUUCUGCUGCUGGCUUACAUCAUGUUUGGCAGACGGGAAGGAGUUGCCAAACGGAAUGCAAGAUCAAACCAAAUUCAGCUGUACCACCACUACACCAUCCAUGAGAACACUGACGAGCUGAGGACCAUGGCUGGAAGCAGAGGCGUGCCUCCACCCCUCUCCACACUGCCCAUGUUUAACAGCCGGACUGGAGACAGGGCCUCCCCGCUGCAGUCUGACAGCAUCCCACUCAUCAUGGCCCAACAAGAUCCGUACAGUGACACACUACCCAGGAAGUGAGAGCAGCGAUGGAUAAGAUAUAACACAUGGAGUAUUAUUGAUAACCUCUCUGAGACACAGUUUGUGGUUAUGUAUUUGCAUUUGGAUAUGAUAAUUUCUUCCUGUUUGGGUUCCAUUAAAGUAAAUGAAUAGUAUACUAAUAGCUCAGAUGUUGUGUAUAUCAAGUUAAUUAUUGUCACACGUUGUAAACGAAUACAUAGGUCCUUUUAUAAACACUGAAGCAUGUUUUGUGGAUGGAAAUAUUUCUUUGGUUCAUAUGUUCUGUGAAAAUAUUUUGUUUAUAUUUAUUAAUUUCUUAAAGGGUAUGUGAUGGGAGACUAAUUCUACAGCCUGUGUGAUGUGUGUAGCAUAUUGAUUUACUAGAAGGACAAACUUUGGAAGAAAUCCAUUUGAUUUGAUUAACCCAGGCUGCUAAAAAUUUAUAUUAUAUGAAUGAUUCCAGCAAAAUGUUCUUA